AUGGAACGUACACGGAUGGAAACGUUGAUGUGGAUCCUGCUGGGACCAUCGCUCGUCAAUAGUACUGUGAAAUUUGUUUUGUAAUCGUUGCUUUCGUUUUACUAUCUUUUUCGGUAUUACGUAGUCUUUGAUAAGUGGAGGAAUUGCAGAAAUAAAUUAUUAAAUGGGACGAAGGUUGACUUAUUUGUCAGAACCUACUCUGAAUACGGUAGAUUCUGAUAAACGAACGAAUUAGAGGAAUUCGAUAGUCGAGAAAUGAUAGUCGGAGACAAAAUGAUGAUUGAUCUGAUUUUGAUAAUUGACAUUUCUGCGGUAGUAUACUGUUAUUGAUUAACGUUGAAAUUUUUAGUAACACCGGUCGGCAAGUGUUCGACUUCCGGAGAAACGGAUUCAGAGUGGAUAUUCGAGUGGUACCGUCGUUGAAAAACGAUUCUGCGAAAGACGAUGGCUUCCCGGAGUUCCCAACAACAGACAUAAGCCGCUGUGUUAUCGAUCUCUCGUUAAUCUGCGCGAGGAAACGUCUUGGUCGAUUCCUGGAGUCUAUCAGGGAUUUAAACGAGAUUUAUUUAAUGGGUCAAAAUGUUAAACUGGUGAAAACUAGAGUGAUUAACGAUCGUAGAUUCGCGAAUGAUAGCAACGACGUUAUAGAACGAAGUAUCAACGAUUUCUUUGAUACGUUUGCUUUGAGAAUUACACUACCAAAAUGGAACGGGAAACAAGAAAAGAAUCAGAUAGAUGUUAUGUUUGACGAAACUCCUGGUUUUGAAGGUUUUAAAAAAGGAGGCGGCGGAUGUAAAAAAGGAGGCAAAGGCAAAGGCGACAAAUGUAAGACGAUGAUGAUGGUUGGACUUAUGAUGCUCAAAAUGAAAUUCAUGGGAAUUGCAACGAUGAAAGGUAUGAUGAUGGGUGGGAUGUCUAUGAUGAUAUCCAUGGCAAUGUUGAUGCAAAAGUACAUGAAAGGAGGAGGCGGUGGAGGAGGCCACGGUGGUGGAGGUCAAUACAAAGAAAUUGUCCUUCUAACAAAAGCUGGUGGAGGCGGAGGUGGUGGAGGUGGUUAUGGUGGAGGAGGAGGUGGAGGUGGCUAUGGUGGAGGAGGUGGUCAUGGUGGAGGAGGAGGCGGUGGUUAUGGUGGCGGAGGAGGAGGUGGUGAUUAUGGUGCUCCACCACCUUCGAGCUAUGGUCCACCGUCAGGUGGUGGUGGCUGGGGUCGUAGCUUUGGAAGACGAUUCAUAACAAACGGUCUUGAGAAAACAGAGCAUAUCACGACAUCGAAAAAUUCAUCCCUUAACGCAGAACAACCUGCACCGAGGACGGAAUCUACUAAUUAUCACAUUUACAAAUAUCCUUUUAUUAAUUCUAACUUUACACGUCCAGACUGGAAUUACAGCAAUCGCGAGGAACUAGGGAGGCACCAAUAUUUAACUAACAAUGUCACUGAUGUGGAGAACGAUAAAGAAAUGGAACCGUUAUUGCGCUCAGAAUCUGAUAACUACACCAUCGAAACUAAUCCUUAUCGAAGUGAUGAUUCGAGAGAUUAUGUGACUGAUUCGAGAGCAGUUGUUAAUUACGUGGAUAAUGAGCAUGUUGCUUCAACAAAUUAUAUAGCGAAUAAUUACGAUACGAGUGUAAUACAUCCGGUAUACGAUAAUGAAUGGCAACCUACGGAAGAAAAGUAUUCAUCGUAA